AUGGCGUUUGUAGAUUUUUCAGAUAUCAUUGUUGGCCAAUUACAAUUUGACCUAUUAGUAGACAUCAUUGGUGUUGUUAACGAGGUUGUCUUUCGUCAUAUUUCACCUAGAAGUAAGAGAGUUGUUUUUAAGCUUAUGAAUUUGAGGCUUUCAGAAUUGGGCAUUGAGAUCCGGUCAAUUUUGACACAUCGUUCCCAGUGGAGUUCACAGCCUUCAGGUUAUGCUCAGUUACCAUCAAGGGAGACAUUCAUUUCCAAGUCAGAGGCAAAGAGCAUUUCUGAGAUAAACAACCUUUGUGAAGAGUUUGUUUGUGUUACUGUUGGUACAAUCACAAGGAUUCUUAUGGACAAUCAUUCAUGGUGUUAUCCAUCUUGCAUUCAAUGCUAUAAGAAAACAGAUGUCUAUCUAGAACCAUUUGUGUGCCCAUGUGGCAAACAUAAUGAUCGGGCUGUGCUUAGAGUUGAAGUCAUGGUCAAUUAUAAAGAUGAAAACACAAAAUUUCUCCUGUGGGAUCGUGAAUGCACUGAAUUGAUUGGGCAAUCAGCUGAUGAAGUCAACACCCUCAAAAUAGAAGAUGGUGAUCUAGAUUUAAAUGCCUCCCCAAAAGCACUUGAUAAACUACUGGGUCGUCUGUUCGCCUUCAAAGUCAAAAUCCAGCCGCAGUAUAAAAAUUCUACUAUUUUGAAGUGCUCCAGUGACUUAACUUUAAUUAAUGAUGUUCUGGACAUGUUGCCUGAUGCUGAGACAUGUUCAAAGAUUGAAGUUGCAACACCGUUUGAUUCCAAUGAUCCUGUCCACGAUGAAUGUCAAUCCAUUUCUAUAACAGCAAACCAUGAUCCACUUAUUGGACUUCCCUUGACACCAACAAAACGACAGUCAUUUAAUGAAUGUGAUGAUGAAGCAAGAAGCUCUCAGAUUUCACCAACUCAGCUAUCGUCCAACAAAUUAGCAAAACAUGAGAAGAUAGAAUAG